AUGGACCGUGGACCACUACAUUCAGGUCAUUCCUCUUCAGAUAACCCUCCUUCUACUUCUCAACGACUUCCUAUUCUUGCUGGUUACUUUCCUGCAUGGAGUAUCUAUGAACGAAAUUAUAAUGUAGCUGAUAUCGACGCCGAACAUCUUUCUCAUAUCCUUUAUGCCUUUGCCAACAUUCAUGAAAAUGGUACUAUUAUUCUAGGUGAUCCAUGGGCAGAUACGGAAAAACAUUUUGAAAAAGAUCAAACAGUCAAUCACAAAGCGGACAAAUGGAUGGCCAAUGUUAAUAACCUUUAUGGAAAUUUCAAGCAACUCUAUUUUUUGAAAAGACGACAUCCCAAUCUCAAGGUCAGUUUAUCUGUUGGUGGAUGGAGUUGGAGCACACUUUUCCCUACUGUGGCUAUGGAUGUAGAAAAGCGUAAGAGGUUUGCAAUGUCUGCUGCUCAACAUAUCAAUGAUCUUGGUCUUGAUGGUAUAGAUAUUGAUUGGGAAUUCCCGAAAACGGAACAAGAAGGACAAGCAUUUGUGACAUUACUCAAAGAUGUUCGAUCAGCAUUAAAUGAUACUCAAUCAUCAGCUAACAAUACACCUUAUCUACUGAGUGUGGCAGUUGGUUGUGGACCUGAUAAUUACAAGUAUCUUCAUCUGCGUGAAAUGGAUGAUUAUGUCGAUUUGUUUUAUUUAAUGGCUUAUGACUUGGCAGGCGCAUGGAAUGAAAAGACGGGUCAUCAAGCAGCUCUUUAUCGCGACAAGAAAAUCAAUAACGUUCAACAACUCACAGUUCACGAUGCUAUUACACAUUUUGCCAAGAUGAUUCCUCGACAUAAAUUGGUAAUGGGAUUGCCAAUGUAUGGACGUUCAUUUUCAAAGACAACUGGACCUUAUGCUGAAUUUGAUGGUGUACCUGAUGGCACUUGGGAAAAAGGCUCUUAUGAUUACAAGGAUUUGCCUCGACCUGGCGCAUUGGAAAUAUAUGACCCAGAAAUUGGUGCAUCAUGGUCUUACGAUGCGAAACUACAAGAAUAUGUGACAUAUGACAAUCAUCAGGUGGUACAGCAAAAAGCACAAUAUGUAAUGGACCAAGGACUCGGGGGAUGCUUUUUUUGGGAAUUGACUGGUGGCGGUUCCAACGAUAGUCAACGCAAUCUUCUCACAGCAGCCUUUUACAGUCUUGGUAGUAAAUUAGAUACAACACCCAAUCAUUUAUCUUAUCCAGCAAGUCAUUAUGAUAACAUUAGAUCCUUUGCAACCUGA